AUUUAAGCAUUUCACUAAUCGAGUAAUUUAUCAACAAAAACUUUGUCAAUAUAAUGAAGUGAAUACAACUUGGUGAAUAUCAGUUGUUAGUUAUGCAUAAAAUGUAUUCUUCUGUAUCAAUAGAAGAGGAAAAGUUCACAGAAAAUAAGGAAAAUAUCGCAAAAAGCUUGUAUCGAUUGAUUCAAGGUUUUAGUAAAGCGUGCGAUGAUAAGAGUCUCAAGUCCAUACGAAAGCUUCAAGACAACAACAAAAUCCUAAAAAAAUGUAUAGUAUUAGACGCAUUGGAUUCUAAUGUUUUUGCAACAAAUGAAACGAAAAAUAAAUUUAAACAUAAACACAUAGAUAUUUUACUAAAUAAAUAUGAAGAGAUUGAUAAAGACGGUCAAGAAGUAACGGAAACGGAUUCCUUGUUUUUUACAUCAGCUCAAUUGGAUUUAGAUAAAUUAAAGAAGAAAAUCAUCGAAAUGAAUUCUACAGAAAUUAACCAAACAAGAUUUACAAAUUCUGUUCUUAUUUUCACUCUCAAGUAUGGGAACUUUAACAAGGACAACUUUGUAGAUUGUAUAGAAGAAUUAAUCAAGGCUGGUGUCGACAUUAACAAAUGUGACCUGGUGGGAAGUAGCGCGAUUGACUAUGUUGCUGACUUGUACGAAGAGAAUAAAGGCAAUAGUGACGUAUCAGAAAAGUUGAAGACUGUGGCCAAAUCGAUUUUAAGUAAAACAGUAUUCAAAAAUGACAACAAGGUAACCAAAGAUUUUCUCGAAAAAACCAUGAAAAUUGAUGUUACCACUCUUGAUGAGAUGGACGACAAAACAAAGUUAUUUUACUGCGUAGUCAGAAACAAACUAUCUGAACUUCAGAAUAUUAAAGACGUUGAACAGUACUUGAAUUGUAAUAAUGAGGAGAACACUUUAUUGCAAAUAGCUUGUAAACGGCGAUGCAAUUUGGAAAUUAUCCAGUGGUUAUUAAACAAAGGCGCUGAUCAGAAUUUGACAACACCUUUAAACCUUCUGACGCCUUUGGAAUUAGCUGCAACACACAACUCCAUCCAAAUUUUCGAAGAAAUACUGAAGAAGAAAGGAACUGACAUCAAAGCAAAUCAAUACAACAAUCUCGUCAAAUGGCAAAAAGGGUUAAUGAAAUCAAAGAUAUUCGAGCUUUUUUUGGAAUCAAACAAUAUAGAUGUUACUUUCCAGUGUACAGGAUCGAAAAAUACACCCCUACAUUAUGCUGUAUUGUGUUCGUAUAAAACAGCUAUUCAAAAUUUAUUGAAACGUGGAGCGUCCUUAACUGUAAAGAAUAAUAAUCAAAAAUGCCCUCUUGAUAUAAUUGAUUCUGUGGAUCUUGAUAAAUAUUUCGAUUACUGUUUAGCUUUAGAUAACUAUAACCAACACUUUGCAAAUUUAGAUUAUAAGAUAAACAUUCGUUUUACGUCUUUAAUCAAUGAUGGUGAGUUAAAAGAAAGCAAAGUUUUUUCGAAAAUUGGAAAUCGUGGUAAGUUGGAACCUCUUUUGACACACCCACUUAUCCAUGUAUUUAUUUUACUAAAAUGGCAUAUAAUCCGUGUGUACUUUUGGGUAAUUUUACUAGCUGAAGCGAUACUAUAUUCCCUAUCAGCAUCCUGCCUUUAUAAUCUCCCUCAUUUAACAACAGGGGGAUAUACGUUUUGUGUAAUAAUAGCUGUGAUCAAUACCUUUCUAAAGUUACCGAUUUUCUUAUAUUGUCAAAAAAAAGACGAGAAAGUAGAAUUUCUCGUACUACAACGCGCCCCUCUUCACGCUUAUGUAGAAGUAUUUUUAAUUUUAACAAUCUGGGGCAGCUUUAUCCAAAACCAAUUCCGAGCUUUUGUCUUCACUGCCUUCACCGUUUCAUUUCUUUUAACCGCAGGUUACCAUCCCAAACUCUCAAAAUGGUCAGUUAUGUUACAAAAAGUUUUCAAAACCUUCACCAUUUUAUUAUUAUUUUUUUCACUUAUAAUUGUGGGCUUUAGCACGGGUUUUCAAAUUUUGUUUUCUGGGGAUGGACAGUUUAAAAAUUUUUUUACCGCUAUUUUCAAAACGUACAUUAUGGCCACAGGUCAGGUCGACAUUGACGAAAAGACUGAUUUCGAUUCAUCAGGAAUUGCAGGAUAUUUGAUGUUUUUGCUUUUUGCUAUGAGUAUGUCUUUAGUGAUUGUCAAUUUUUGGACUGGUGUUGCUGUAACUGACAUCGAACGAAUUGAAAGAUCAUCAGUGGUGAACGGUUUUAGAAACGUCAUUAUUUUUAUGUCAUUUAUCGAGUGGGGUUAUAGUUUUAUAUUUCUAAAAAAACUACGGGCUUAUAUACCCAGUCCUUUAUUGUUUUCUGAUGAGAAUAAAGGAAAAAAAACAAUUGACUUUUAUGUUAACAAAGACAACCAAUUUGACGGUAAUAAGAAUAGCCAACGGUUUCCAAAAAAAAUAGACAGGGAAUGUUUUUACAAAAUUCAAGACCAUUACUUUAAAUGCACGAAAGAAAAACUUAACCACAGUGAAAUAAUGAGCAAAUUAAAACAACUUUCGGAUGCGGUGAGUGAAUUAAAAAAAACAGAGAAGAGUAGGAAAUGUAAGUGUUUUGAGCAUGACACGAAAACAACACAGAAAACAGAAAAUUAAAUGUAGCGAAACUUAAUUAUAUUUAUUUUUUUGCUAAUAAUAAAUUAAUUCUGAAGUGUAUUUCUUGUUUAAUAAAUAAUAAUUAAUAAAUAUUGUAUGUAAUUAAUAAAUUAUUGUAACUUAAUUAUUUAAAUUUGCAAAAAAAAUAUUUUCUAAUCAUGGUAGUACAAAAAAGUUGAUUUUUUGGUUUAUAACUGUAACCUCCAGAUUUAAAUUAGCAAAACCAGAACCUUUUUUAUUGCAUAUUUAAUCCAUUUCUUAUCUGAUAUUGCUUGUUAUCCUAAUAUAAUCGGCCAAUUAAGAUUCCCCAAAGGUUUUCUAUUGGUUUCUAUAUCUAAUUAAGCAUGUUCUCGCAGUUAAACUCAACAAAUUAGUAUAGUAAGUUAUUGAUAUACAGUGUGUCCCCGAAUAGGUGAAACGACUCUUGUAAAAGACAAAAAAAUUAUAUUUUCAA